UGACAGGACGCAGGACGCAGUGGAGAUAAACACACACACACACACACACACACACACACACUUUGGAAUAUUACUUGGGAUUUCCCAAACUAAUGGAUUUAGGACGAUGGUGUGGAAGUGAGAGCUGAGAGUGUGGCUCAGGCAUGGAGGAGGGUAAGAUCUCGGUGUGGGUGUGCCGGGAGGAGAAGCUGGUGUCGGGGGUGACGAGGCGCACGAGCUGCGCGGAUGUGGUGCGCGUGCUGCUGGAGGACCGGAGCUCUCCGGCGCUCGCGCGCUCCGCGCACUCCUACUGCAUCGUGGAGAAGUGGCGCGGGUUCGAGCGCGUGCUGCCGAACCGGACGAAAAUCCUGCGGCUGUGGACGGCGUGGGGCCGCGAGCAGGACAACGUGCGCUUCGUGCUGGUCAGGAGCGACGCGUCGUUGCCGGGGAGCGGGCCGCGCAGCGCCGAGGCGCGCGUCAUCGCCAGCAGGGAGAAAUGCGACCCGGUGCCGCCGGUGGCCGUCGCGCCGUCCGAGGAGAAACGGCGCCGCGUGGUCCGGAAGGCGUUCCGCAAGCUAGAAAAGAUCAAGACCAGGACGAAAGAGGAGCCGUGCACGGACGAGCACGCGGAGAGGAUGGAGAGCCUGGUGCACCUCGUGCUCUCGCAGGACCACACCAUCCGCCAGCAGACGCAGCGCAUCCGGGAGCUGGACGGCGAGAUCGAGACGCACGAGGCCAGGGUGCACUCGGACCGCAUGAGGCGGCACGGGAUCAACUACGUGCAGGACACUUACCUGGUGGACAGCGCGAGCGAGAGCGCGAGCGCGCCACCGGAGCCGAUGGACGCGGACGCGAUGGCGCGGUGCGACCAAGUGAUCCGGCUGCACGAGCAGCUCACCGAGCAUCACGCGCUCGUGGAGAGACUCACCGGGCAAAUCCAGCACGAGCUCGACAUGCGGUGGAUGACGCGGCGCCGAGAAGGAGACUCCGAGGAGAAAGAGGAGGAGGAGGAGGAGGUGGAAGGAGAGGAGAAGAGCGCCGCGCCGGAGAAAGACGCGCGUCUGCAGGAGGAGAGGAUCAGGACGCAGCUGGACACGAGCUCGUACAUCGGGCUGCGUUUGAACAGCGACCUGGAGGCGGUGCAGAGCGAGCUGGAGGCCAGUCUGGCACUGUGGGAGGCCAAAGAACACGAGCUGAGGGGUUUACUGGACAGAGUGGACUCGUGCGAUGAAGACGCAGGAGAUGGAGACGCUGUGUUCGCGGACGACGCGCAGACUCCACUUCCAGUAUCACAACCACCACCUCCUCCUCCUUCUGCGGAUCACAGUGACUGCUGGGUGGAGAGGGCGCGGGGACUUUCGAAAUCUAACCCGAGUGGCAACGAUGAUGACUCGGACACUGGACUGAGCUCCAUGCACAGCCAGGACUCGGAUAACGCAGCAGUGUGUGAGUCGCUGGUUUGAGCGCUGAGGCUGUGGAGAAGGACAAGAGUCCAGGGGCAGGAGGCCCAGUGAGGAGUGAGGUAGAAGGGGUCUCAGAUUCCAGAUGAACAGUACUGAUGGGUAGGAGUGUGUCAUCAAAGAGUCGGUUUAAUUUGUUUGUUGUUGUUGAGAAAAUUAAACAAAUCAGAACCAAAA